CACCAUUGCCGCCUGCCCCUUUUGAAAGGCGGAACGCUUGCGGCGCGGCCCGGGUUUCUGGCCGGACUGAUGUGAGGGCUGUCGGGGGAAUGGCGGUGCUCGGGGCUUGGAGUGCCCGCCUGAAGACUUUGACCGGGCGGAUGGGCGAGUGGCAGCGGCUCCCACGGAGGAACGUUCACAAGAAGAAAUGGGCUCGGUCUGGGCCCAGGGUGCCGGGCACCCAGCUGGCGCUGCAGAACUUGGACGUGAGCUGCGCUGCGCAGCUCGGCCACCUCUGGCCCUCCGUCCGCCUCGGCCUACUCUGCGAGCAGAAGUACGGGGCCCUGCUGAAUGGCUUCGGGGACGUGGAGAAGGUGAUCCGGCAGCUGGAACGGCAGCAGGCCGAAGACUUCGUGUACGGCGGCUGGAGCAAGUGGGCAGGACAGGGGCCGGACUGCGCGCCGAACACCGGCCGCCAACUGCGCGGAACCCAGCCUUCGCCUCCGAGUUUGCAGACGUCCCAAACUCGUCCGGACCCGUCGCUGGUUGCCGGUGACUCGGGACGAGAACCUUCGUCUUCCCUGGAAACGAAACCGUGUCUAUCCCUUAGCCCAAACCUGAAGUGCUUCACAUUUCCAAGAGGAGACACCACACGUUUUAAGCCUGCGAGACCAGAUAGUUUAAGAAUGCUGGAAUAUUAUCUAAUGGAUGCUGCAUCACUCCUUCCAGUACUCGUUCUGGAUGUUCAGCCAGGUCACACUGUCCUUGAUCUUUGUGCAGCACCUGGUGGGAAGACAUUGGCACUAUUGCAGACAGAAUGCUGUCGACAUCUUGCUGUCAACGAUGUAUCCGUACCUCGUCUAAACAGGUUACGUAAAAUUCUUCACAAUUACAUUCCAAAGAAUCUUUGUACAGAAGACAGACUAUGUAUUACGUCAUUGGAUGGCAGGCUCUGGGGAGAAAUAGAGAGGGAUACCUUUGACAGGGUGUUAGUGGAUGCUCCCUGCACAACUGAUAGACAUUCUGUACUUGAGGAAGACAACAACAUCUUCAGCCGGUUGCGGCUUAGGGAACGCCAAAUGCUCCCUCUAUUACAGACCCAGCUGUUGGUUUCUGGCAUUCUUGCCACUAAGCCUGGUGGAUCAAUUGUGUACUCAACGUGUACCUUAUCCCAGUUGCAAAAUGAGUAUGUGGUGGAGAGAGCAGUGCAAGUGGCGGAGAUGGAACAUGGUAUGGAGUUGCAUCUGGAGGACCUGACUGAUAUCCGGACACUUUACACAGAGACAUUUAAUUUCUAUGAUCGUUGUAGAGUUGGUGAACUAGUUCUUCCACAUCUUACUGCAAAUUAUGGGCCAAUGUAUUUCUGUAAACUGCACAAAAUUCAUUAA